UGCUGACCAUUGACGUCUUACCCUCUUACCCAUGGAUAGGACGGCAAUGCUGCUGACAAUCCCAAAAGUCACCGUGUUGCCACUGAAUAGCAUGGAAUUAAACCUUCUUCAGUGUUUAUCUUUUGUGGUUCUAACCUCCCAUAUUUGUGAUGUUUAAUAACGUUGAAAUCUAGAAAACAUUCCUAGCUACAAAAUGAAUAUCAAGACGCAGCAACAAGUGUUGUUCAAUGAACUCUGUAGAGCAUGUUUGCGUAAAAGUAAUAAUAUGAGAUAUAUGAUGGACACAACUGAUGAGACAACGAAAACACUUUUGACGACUUUCUCAUGUUUCCUGGACAAGGAGCUGAAAUUCAAUAAACUGUAUCCAUGCUAUCUAUGCCCUACAUGUGAGUGGAAGCUAAGAUCAUCUUUUGAAUUCAGGACAUUGUGUUUGAAAUCAGAUCAAUGUAUCACAACUAUUCUUUCACAGACAAAUCUGAUACAGAGUAACUUGGUGAUUGAUGUUAAUGCUGCACCAUUACCACAGAGCAAUAAAAAAUCAGCUGCAGGCCACAGUCAAGAAAAUCAGUUGGAUAAGGGAAGUUAUGUACCUCAAACAGCAAUUUUUAAGCCUACAGAUCAACAAUUGAAUAAUAUAGAGCCUCCUAUUAAAAUCAAAGAUGAAGAUACUGAUGAUGAUCUAUAUUAUAAUGCUGGUGCCUAUGAUGCUAUUGACAAAGUAGAAGUGAUAGAAGUGCAUGAUGAAGAACUUCACUAUACAGAUGAUAAGACAGCAACUAUCCCAUCCAUUUCCAACCAAUUGACAUCAAUGAAUCAGAAAAAAUUAUGCACUGCCAUCAAGUUUGAAUGUCAGCUUCCAUGGAAUGCCAAGAGGAAAACGAAAAAAAUAAGACAAAGAGCAGACGAAAACCCAAAGUUGAAACUAAGUAGAUAUCCAAGGGAAGAAGUACAGGUGCACAUAGAUGCAAUUGAGUAUAAAAGCAACCAGGAACUUGAGUGUUUAUUCUGUAAGACUAUGUGUCAAGGACAGAGAGCACUAUGUCGACAUGUGACUGCAGCUCAUAUGGAUAAAAAAAGCAAGUGGUGUUCUACUUGCAACAAACAAGUAGAAAAUUUGCCUGUACACAAAAAAGAUAAUCACCAGGAUCAUCUGACGUGCCCAUUUUGUGACAAAAAGCUGUCUAUUGUUGGGAAGUAUAAAGCGCAUCUACAAAGACAUAUCGUGCUUGAAGAAGAAUUCAGAUGUAUAAGAUGCAAUGUGCUUUUCCAAUCAGAAAGAAAUCUCAUGAUACAUACAAGGAAGAUGCACACUAAAGAGAUUUUGUACUCUUGCGAUUCCUGUCCUCAAAAGUACAAGUCCGAAGUACAGUUGCAUUUACAUCACAAAAUUCAUUACAAACAGAUAAACAAGGAAUGUCCGGAUUGUAAAGCUAAGUUCGAUACAAAUGAUCAGAUUGAUAGGCAUGUGUGUACUCAACAAAACAAAGUGAUUUUGGAAAGUUACGAUGGGCUUAAAAACUUCUGUAAACUGUGCGACAAGAGAGUCAGAAGUUUGGAUGUGCAUUAUAAGACAUAUCACGAUCCAGCUUUUAGCCUUGAGAAGUCGAAAAAGAGAAAAACGGAGAAUGGUAAUCCGUACCUGUGUUCCACAUGCGGGAAAGCAUAUAAGUCUAAAUUUACAUUGACUGUGCAUAUGAGGAACCAUACUGGAAUCAAGCCAUUCAAGUGUAAGGUUUGCGACAUGAAAAUGGCCAGUAGAACACAUAUGAAAAAUCAUGAAAGGGUACACACUGGUGAAAAACCUUUCAUAUGCUCAUACUGCGGAAAGAGAUUCAGGACAAAAUCGACGUUAAAUUAUCACGUGCAAAUCCACACUGGGAAAUCUACUCCAUGCUCUUUGUGCCCGAAAAGAUUUGCGAGACCUAUUGAAAUGAGGGUCCAUAUGUUCUCCCAUACAGGUGAAAGGCCAUACAAAUGCGACGAAUGCGGACAAACAUUUACCCAACAUUGUCAUUUGGUACAACAUCGUCAUAAGCAUACGGGAGAGAGGCCUUAUAAGUGUGAAUUCUGCGAAAAAGCUUAUCCUCACCCACAUACGCUAAGGAAACACGUGAAGAUCGUGCAUUUAGGUGAAAAGUUCCUCAAAUGCCGCCUAUGUUCUUUUGAGUGUAAUCAGUGGAUACAUCUCAAGCGACAUAAGGAGACCAACCAUAAUAUGGAAAUCGCAACUGAAAAUCAGGAAGUUGAUAGUUCAUAAUAAAAUAGUUUAUUUUGUUAUAUCAUACCUAUAAUAAAUGUAUCACAGUUA